CCUGGGGACCCCGCGGAGCUGACCGUGGCACUCGCGGACCAUGGCAGAGCUGACUCUGAUACCGCUGACAUUUGAGGACAUAGCCAUUUAUUUCUCAGAGCAGGAAUGGCAGCAUCUGCAGACAUGGCAGAAGAAGCUCUACAAGUACAUUAUGAUAACCAACUAUGAGACUCUGGUCUCACUAGAUGGUGAACUUUCUAAACCAGAGCUAAUACUCUGGAUUGAACAUGGGAGAGAGCCCUUUGGGAGCUGGGAAGAAUCCCAGAAGUCAGAAAAUGUGAAGGAUACCUCUGCUGAGGCCCAAUUUCGUCCAGUCCCAGAGCAACAGGUGUUGGGUGGUGAGUACUAAGAAACCAGGGUUCUGAUGUUAAGUUAGCAUGUUCAGCUUUCCUAGUUUUCCUUCUAUAAUCUGGUCUUCCUGUUUGGCUGACCUGAGGCAAGAUGUCUUGUAUAUUGUAGAGAAAGGCAGUAAAGCAUAGUGCUUGGUUGUGUGGGAUCUGGAGCUAGAGUCUGAUGUUGUUUUUUCUGAGUAAGCUUG